GAUCUCGGUAGCAGAUUUGGAGCUGACUGACAUGAGUUUCCUUUUACAAUCUUCUGCCCGGAAAGCUCUGGAUAAGAGAGAUACUAAACAGCUGCUUACAGAAGAUUCUUUUGAAAGAUGGUGGAUCGCUUGGCAAACAGUGAAGCAAACACAAGACGAAUAAGUAUAGUGGAAAACUGCUUUGGAGCAGCUGGUCAACCUUUGACUAUUCCUGGUCGUGUCCUGAUUGGAGAAGGAGUAUUAACAAAGCUUUGUAGGAAGAAGCCCAAAGCAAGGCAGUUCUUCUUGUUCAAUGACAUUCUUGUUUAUGGUAACAUUGUCAUCCAGAAGAAGAAAUACAACAAACAGCACAUAAUUCCACUGGAAAACGUCACUAUUGAUUCCAUCCAAGACGAGGGAGACUUACGGAACGGGUGGCUUAUCAAAACACCAACGAAGUCUUUUGCAGUUUAUGCUGCCACUGCUACAGAGAAAUCUGAGUGGAUGAACCACAUAAAUAAGUGUGUUUCUGAUUUGCUUUCCAAAAGUGGGAAGACUCCUAGUAAUGAACAUGCAGCUGUUUGGGUACCAGACUCGGAAGCCACUGUGUGCAUGCGCUGUCAGAAAGCAAAAUUUACACCUGUCAACCGUCGUCACCACUGUCGCAAGUGUGGCUUUGUCGUGUGUGGGCCUUGCUCUGAAAAGAGAUUUCUUCUGCCAAGUCAGUCUUCCAAGCCUGUGCGAAUUUGCGACUUCUGCUAUGAUCUUCUUUCUACUGGGGAGAUGACUGCUUGUCAGUCUGCUAGAUCGGACUCCUACUGCCAGUCACCUAAAUCCCCUUUAAAUGAUGUGUCUGAUGAUGAUGAUGAUGAAGACAGUAGCGAUUAAGGACCAUUUUUUUUCCAUGUUUUGCAAUUGGUAUUUCAAACCAUAUGGAGCUGCUUUUGCAGGAUGCCUAUAGUCAGGUUCCUCAGAAAAAUUCUGUUUUAGCCAUAACAUAUGCCUGAAUAUCUACAACUAUGAUGUGCCUCAAUCUAUGAAUUCUCUAGACAACAGAUUUUUCACUCCUCUGCAGGGAUAGACUUUUGCUAAUGUUAUCAGAUAAUUUUCCAGCUUCUUAUACUUGAGUUAUGUCUAGGUUACACUUUCGUGGAAGAUUGGAAAAUAUAUUGUACUUUCUUAAUUUAACAACCCAUACCACCUUAUGUUUUGUGUUGAUAUGUUAUGUGGGUUUUCAGGAUAUAGGGAGGAAAAAUGUAAGCAUGUGUGAAAGUCAAGUAUUUUCAUGAAUCCCAUAAAACUGUAUGUUCUGACGAUGCUACAUAGUGAUAAAUUGAAAUGUGACCUAACUACAAACUUAAAUGUCACAAAACUUGGGAAUUGUCUUGUUCUGCUCUUAUUUAUGAAUUCCAAUACCAAGCAGUGCCUUGUAACAGUUGUGCUGAUUCAGGAAGAAAUGCAUCUAUUAGUAUAAAUAUUAUCUGUAUUUACCUGAUGCUGGUAUGUGAGAGAUUGUUGGUGCUAUUGAAAAUAACUGCUGUGUUCAAAAUGGGAUUUUGAGAAGAUUGUAUCUGUACACCCUCAGUGGAUGACGAAGACCUAAAUCACGUGUCCUCAUCUGUACAGGCAGACCCAAAGACUCUGCAAAUUCUUGCAGGCUUCAAUGAGGUUUUCUUUGCAGGAGCUGCAUUGCAACCCCCAAACUAGGGUUGCGAUCUUGAGAUAAGAAGCUUGGUGUGAUUUUCACAUGGGAUAUAUACGUUUUCUUUACAAGAUAGCUUAUAAGUUUCAAAUAGUAAUUUGGCAAAUGCAUGCUGAAACUUCAAUAGGAUGGCGUAGCAUUUUGCUGUGAUAGCUUAUAUACUUCUGGAAAUAUUUCCCAAAUGAACACUAACUUGUUUUUUUAAAAACAUUAAUGAGAGAGGUUUUUUGUCAGGAAUUUAUGUUGGCUUGUUUAAAAAUAACCUCAAGUUUUAAACAAACAGCCUGCAAAUAUCCUUACGGAAUUGGCUUUCCUUUUUACACAGCUGACCUCAGGAUAAAUGUGAGAUGCAAGUUAUUUCAUUCUAAAUGUAUACCCAGGACCAAGAAAGAUGUAUCUAAGAACUAUAAAAUAGUCAGUGCAGAAAAAGUCUAGUAUUCAUUUUACUUUUAAUAAGUUGUUGAAUACAGAAGUGUCAUGUUUCCUAUAUAAAUGUUAAAAGUUAGAUUUGUAAAGACUUGUUAAAUCCUCAAAUGCUAUAUUUCUAUAUUUUAUAAUAGUAGUCAAUGCUGGAGAAAAACCUCUUUGAAAUAAUUGUAUGGAAGUAUAGUAGCAGCUGACUUUAUAAAAAAAAAUUGUUAAACUUUUGUAGAUCUUUAAGUGACAAUUUCUGCACUGUUUGCCUUUGGCAAUAAUUGGGUUAAAUAUUUAUUAAAUAAACAAUCAAUGCUGCA